AUGAAGGCAUUCUUAAAGAAACUCGAGAUCGAAAGUGAAGGUGGCCCUGAACCAGAUCGGUGGAUCAACAAUGAUAUCAAACCUAUCGAGGAGGGUCGUCGCACCUGGGGAUUCUGGACUUUCCACAAUUUCUGGAUUCUUGUCAAUUCAAAUAUAUCGUCCUAUAUGACUGGCAGUUCUCUCAUUGCUUUGGGACUGACAUGGUGGCAAGCCAUAAUAGCUAUCGUGGUUGGACAAAUUAUUGCUACUAUCUUGGUUGUGCUGAACUCGUUACCGGGUGCAUAUUACUACUUGGGCUUCCCGGUCGUGAACAGAUAUGUGUGGGGAAUGUAUGGAAGUCAGUUCGUGAUCUGGAAUCGUAUUUUACUCUCAAUUGUUUGGUACGGUUUCCAAGCCUGGAUUGGCGGUGAAAGUGUUUACGUCUGUCUCCAAGCAAUCUGGCCAAACCUCGAAGAGCGAAUCCCAAACACUCUCUCCGCCUCAACAGGCACAACAACUGCGACAUUCGUCUCAUAUAUCAUCUUCAUGAUCAUCUCACUACCAGUAAUCUAUAUCCGACCUUUCAAACUGAACUACCUGUUCUAUGGAUCCUCCGCAAUAAUCAUAGUCUUUGAAAUUGUUCUUCUGGUCUGGUCCCUGGCGACAAUGGGGCCUGAAGGCUUUGGAUCAACUAUCUCCAACGCCAGCAGUAAUUCAUCCGGUUGGAACAUCGCAUUCGGAAUAAUCAGUACCAUCGGAUCUAUUGCCGCUGGUAUCUUGAAUCAGAAUGACUAUGCGCGAUUUGCACGCAAACCAAGAGAUGCCAUUUGGGGGCAAGUAAUAAGUUUCCCUUUCUAUGCAAUUGUGUGUUGUAUUAUUGGGAUUUUGGUCACGGCUGCUACGCAGGAACGAUAUGGUGAGGCAAAGUGGAACCUACCGACACUUUUUAGUGCGAUUAUUGAGCAUGGUGGAUCAAGAUCUAGAGCGGCGGCUUUCUUUGGGGGUGCUGCCUUGGUUAUUUCGCAAAUAGGGGUUAAUGUGCCCGGAAAUGCUUUGGCUGGAGGCUUUGACUUGGCAGCCACUUUCCCACGAUACAUCAACAUUCGUCGCGGUGCUUACAUUACAGCUGCUAUCUCGGUCGCAUGUAAUCCAUGGAAGCUAGUCAAUACGGCGACAACAUUCCUUGCUGUUCUGAGCAGUUAUUCCGUGUUCUUGGGUCCUAUGACCGGUCUUAUGAUCUCAUCGUACUUCGUCAUCAACCGCUGCAAAAUCAAAGUGGACGAUCUUUUCAUCGGAGACAGCUCCAGUAUCUACUGGUAUACGUAUGGAUUGAACUGGCGCGCUAUUGUUGCAUGGGUUUGCGGCACUGUGCCAUCUUUACCUGGCUUCGUUGCUUAUGUUAGUUCCGGUGUCACUGUUCCUAUCGGUCUAACACACCUGUACUACAUCUGCUUCUUGUCAGGUCUAGUUAUCAGUGCCUCUGUUUAUUGUGGGCUUCAUUAUGUCUUCCCCGUGGCUGCGAUUAAGGACUUCGUGGAGAAUUCCCCUCCUGCCAAGGUAUUAAUGCGCGAGUACCAGGAGCGCUGGGAUCGUGGUGAAGAAGUAGAGACCGUCUUGGAGGCACCCAAACUCUAA